GUCCACAAUGGAAUAACAAUCCAUUCUGAAUGACUGUACAGAAAUAUGAACUAACUGCUCGUAGCAGUCACAGACACCGCAUGCGAGAAUCUCCCAUUUCUAGUCACUACGCUCAACGUCGCUUCUCGGGUCACGUGGUGCUUCCCAGACUGGACUGUGGGUGUGUCUUAAGGCAUAGGGUUUCAUUCAUAAAUACUUUUAGCAUUUAAAUCAAAAUUAAGGUGUUUGCAGAAGGCUGGUACCAUUGGUUUCUGACUAGAUCGCCCUGGAUGGACCACAUGAAUUACAAUAAGUGAGACGGUCACGCUUGCCUGGACCAUGAGCAAUGAGUCGCCAGUUCUGAAAAACCUCACCAAAAAUGCCACCGACGUCCCGCGAGGCCCCGGGGGCUCCCAGGGGGACGCCUACGUCACCCUGCUGGUGCUGCUCUGCGUGUUCGCCGCGCUCACGCUGGUCCUGCUGUCCGUCCUGCUCGUCUUCUGCCGCCACUGUUACCAGGGCAACCGCCGCUACUCCAGGGCCAGCAAUGACCCGGAGAAGACCAACACCACGUACCUGGAGGAGUCCCAGCCUGUGCCAGAGAUCACCAUCCAGGUGGAGGAGGCGGACCGCCUGUCGGCCGGCAGCGACCGCGGCGCGGAGACGGAGCGCUUCCUGUCCACCGGCUCCACGGGCCGCCGCGUCUCCUUCAACGAGUCGGCGCUGCUGGACCACGGCAGGAGGGCCCAGGAGAGGGGUCGAAGGUACACGCUGACGGAGGGGGACUUCCACCACCUGAAGAACGCGCGGCUGACCCACCUCCACCUGCCCGCCCCCGCGGUCAGGAUCCUCACCAUCCAGGAGUACAACGCGGCCGUGGACUCCGCCCCCAAACACAGGCUCUCCAUCUUCCAGCCCUCCGCGUGCUCGUCGCUGCCCCAAACAGCCCUGGCCGGGCUGAGCCCCAGUUCUGCCCUCCCCGGGGACACGCUCAACUCCGUGGUGAACCCCCCCACUCUGGGACCCCCCCGCUCCUGCACCAUUGAGGUGAUGGGGCACAGGACGUGGAACGGCGGCACCUCUGGAUUGGGCGGUGAUGGGACGUCGGAGGCGGGGCUGACCGCGCCCAACAGCCAGGGUAGCGUCCUGCAGUUCUUCACCAAACUGCGCCGACACUCCAGCCUGGAGGGGCCCAGCCCGUGCUUCAAAAUCAAGAAGUGGAAGUUCGACAGCAGCCAGAGGGCGUCCAGUCUGGAUACCAGAGGGUCCCCUAAGAGGCAACAGUUCCAGAGGCAGAGGGCGGCCAGUGAGAGCACCCAGCAGCAGGAAGGGGAGGAGCCUGAGCAGGUGGAGCUGUCCAUCACCAGCCCUUGUGAUGAGGCGUACUGCGCCAGCCUGCCGUCUCUGCCCCCUACGUCCCCCCCACCCCCCUCCAGCAGGUUAGAGCCAGAAGCAGCAGUGGAGUCCAGCUCUGUGGAUGGGGCAGGUGCUCCCAGCCCUCCGCUCCCCAAACCGCAAGAGGAGGAUGAGGAGGAGGAGCUCGGGGCGGGGCUGGGGGCGGUGUUUCGGCAGGACAGCGCGGAGCACCAGGCCCUGUACCGGGACAUCUGGACGCUGCGCGCGUCGCUGGAGCGCUACGCCUCCUCCGACCAGAGCAGCAACAACGACCGCGACUCGGUGCGCAGCGACGGCGACAGCGUGUGCUCGCUGGGGGGCGGGGCCUCCCGGGCGGGGCUGUCCAGCUGCCCGUCCCAGGACAUCGGGGACGAGGGCGAGCCGGAGGACGAGGGGGCGGAGCUGGAGAGGGGCGGGGACGGGGACUCGGGGAACAGGAAGCUGCUGCAGAUGGACAGCGGCUACGCCUCCAUCGAGGCGCCGCUCCGCGCCCCCGAGGAGCUGCGGCUGUUCGGGACCCGCGGGGGCGGGGCCGGGGGCGGGGCCCGGGGGAAGACCGCCUCGGAGAAGCGGCACUUCUUCACCAGCAGGGGGCGUAAGGGCAGCGUGUGCGAGAGCCCGGAGGCCCGGCUGUUCCAGGAGGACCUGGAGGACCAGGCCGCCGUGGCGGGAAAGGGGGAGGAGGAGGAGGAGGAGGGGGAGGAGAAGGAGGAAGAUGAGGACAGGAGUGCUGCAGGCUGGACCCCGUACGGGCAGGCCUUCCCCGCCGCGGCCGCCGCCAUCGCCGCCGCCGCCGCCGCCAAGGAGGCCCGGCCCCGCCCCCAGACCCGGCGGGACUACAGCAUCGACGAGAAGACCGACGCCCUCUUCAACGAGUUCCUGCGGCAUGACCCCCGCUUCGACCAGCAGGAGUCGCCGGCGCGGCCGCGGCACCGGGCCUCCCGCGUGCACCUGCGCAAGCAGUGGCAGCGUGCCAAGCAGCACAGCGACCCCGGCGUGGGCGUGGCCUUCGCCCAGCGCGGACCGCCCAUGCGCCGCGGCGACAGCGCCAACUUCCCGCUGGACACCCGUUACCACGGCACCCUGCCGCGCAUCGUCAGCGCCGCCGACGAGGAGGCCAGCGAGGCCGAGGCGCAGAGGGCGGAGCCUGCGGGGGGCGGGUCCAGCAAAGAUGAAGCACGGGUAGGGACCAUUGAGAGUGGGGCCAUUGGGGGCGGGGCCAAGGUCAAGGAGUCUGACAUGACCGGGGUGGAGAGCUGCCAGGAUGGGGCCAGCACUGCUGACGCAAUCAGGGCGGAGUCUAGAGAGGGCGGAGCUGGCGCUGUGGACACGCCCCCUGCCGAGGCUCACAGGGCAGAGGCAGAGGAGGACCGCAGCAAGGUCAGCCCCAGCGGCAGCAGCAGCAGCAGCAGCAGCAGCAACCGCACGGUCAAAGAAGGGGACUCCGCCUCCCCUCCGCCCGCCGAGCCCCCCCCGGCGCCCAGGACGGGCCACGGCCCCCAGACCGUCACCGACGAGCUGGCGGACAAGCUGGCCCGCGGCCUGGAGGACCGCCUCUACACCGGCCUCCGCCGGCCUGCAGGGGGCGCCGAGCGCGUGGUCAAAUUCACCCACACCUCCCCCGACCACAGCCCCGUGUAA